GCCUUUCUGGAGAUGGCAAGAAGAGCAUUAAAGAACUUCUUGAAGCUAUCUAUCCCCAAUCUGAUAAAGAGGAAUAUAUACUGAAACUGGAGCCCAUUGCUGGCAACCAGAAUGCUGUGUACCAGUACCUGUCCAAAGAAGAUAACCUGCCACCUUCAUCUCGGAGCCCAAACCACACGACCAAAGACAGCUGGAGACACUACCACUCCAACAGCCAGGAACCGUACAUGGAGGAGGUCCAGUUGGAAGAAGAGGAGAACAAUUUUAUUGAUGAGGAAGAUGAGAGUGAGAACAUGGAGAAGGGAGAGGAAGAUGCAGAAAAGGGGCAUCAGGAUAGCGAAGAACCUGAGGAGCCAACAGAAGAAGCAUGUGACAAAGACCUGGCCCCCUGCAAAUGCCUCAUUUGCAACAGGACGUACAGGGUACGAGGCCACCUUAGAAGACACCUGUGGACUGUACACAAGAUUGUAUCUUCUGGCUCCACAACCAACUCCAGUGAUUCCACGUCCAGCUCCAAGAAAAUGCCCAACGGUAAAGUUCCAGACAAUCCCAACACUAGUCCCAGCUCUUUAUCUGACACCCAGAACCAGAAGAGCCCCAAGGAGGACAAGGUCUCAUCCAAGGCUCAAUUCUCCAUAGGCUUUGACUUUAAGGCAUGCUUCUGCAAGCUCUGCAGGCGGACCUUCAGCUCCGUGCAGAACCUGGAGAAACACAUUGAGCUGCACACGGAUAAUGGCACGGACUUCUUUGUCAAGUUUUACUGCUGUCCGCUCUGCCGCUACAAGACACGCCGAAAGAGGGACGUGUUACGCCAUCUCUCAGAGCUCCACAAGAAGAAGUCCUCCUACCUGAGCAGGAUCUCCCAGUCGCUGGAGAGCUACGCCGUCAAGAAGCCAGCGGAAGUCAUGUUGAACAAAGAAGAGGAGAAAGUUCAAGGUCGACAAGAAGAAGUGAAUGUCCACCACAACCACACUUCACCAUAUCUGACACGCAGGAACUUGCCUCCAAAAGCUCCUGGCAUAGUGGGCAAAAAGACCUUGAAGACCAGCAAUAAGAAGCGCCACAACGAGGAAGUGACCCAUAACAAAAAAUUAAAGCCUAGUAGCCCAAAAGGGGGUGCUACCAAAAAAUCUCUGCACGUGUGCAACAUCUGUGGGCAGAGCUUUAAAAAGACAAGAUACCUAGGGUUGCACAAGAGAAGCCACCUGAAAUCCGCAACCAGGAGUGCAGGUAUCAGAACAAGAUCCAAGGUCAUGCUUUG